GUACUGUCAACAUCUCAAGUCCUUGUCGGAUCAACUCAAGAAUGUCGGUUCUCUGAUGGUAAAUGACCGACUGGUUCUCCAAUUGGUGUCCGGCCUUACCGAGCCAUAUAAUGGUGUGGCCACACUCAUCCGUCAAAGCGAUCCUUUUCCCCAAUUUUAUCAAGCUCGCUCGAUGCUUGUUCUUAAAGAGGCCGGUCUCAAGAAGACGUCUCAAAACACAUCUUCUGCUAUGGUUGCUCAUGAUUCGGACAAUUCUCAUGACUCUGUUGAUCAAUUACCCUCACGAUGCCAUAAUGCAGGUGGUAGACGGCCUCAAAGUUGUGGACAUUCUGGUAAGAAUAGAAAUUCUAGUGGGGGCAGAGGGAAAGGCAAUUUCAGCGGUGGCUCAGGUAGUGGGGGAAAGGGCGGUGGCAACAACAACCGCAAUGGUGUCCAGCAGCAACCCCCCACUAAUCAGUGGACCUCUGGGCAGCAGUGGAUGUAG